AUGACAAUAUCGGGAUCAGUAAGCGAACCCAGUUGUCUUUCUUAUCAAUCCAAACAGUCGCUUGAUAGAAUUGACUGUGAAAACCUCAUUGACCUCUGCUUUCAAGUCAAAGAGGCGUGUCGCACAGUCUAUCAAAAUGCGGAAGUAGCCUCAAGCCCCAAUUAUUUCCUCAAAUCAUCUAUUACUGCUGAACUUCAUCAACACCUAACUGAAGUUCAUCAGUUACUCAGUGAAACUGAUUUUAUCAUCCAGAUUAAAAAUAUGUAUUCAUUUGCCGGAAAUUAUGACUUUCGAGAUAUUCGAGCAAAUGGAUUUAGGACUUUCCUCUCAAUCAUUUCGUGUUGUUUGGCCAAGAUACUAGUUCAUCUUCGCAAUUUGGAUAGGAAGACCUUCUCUGUUUGGCCAAAGACUACAGCGGAGUCCCUUAUUGCUUACUUGCGAUGCCUUGAAGAACUAGCCUUCUGUAUCCUUCUACUCUGUGAAUUUCCAAAAUUCUCCGCUACUCCUAACACUCUUUUUCCCCAACUUGCCUAUGCCAAUUUGCCCAUUGCUUCCCUUUCAAGUCAUGACAAUCUCGGCCCCCCUCUACUCAUCUCCAAACUCCUAGUGGACAUUUACAAACCAGAGACAUUUGAUGCUCCCUCCACAUCUCCCUCCCGCUACAACGAAUUGGUUGAUUUCUUCGAUCUGAUUCACCAAGAUGCCUUCUAUGGGCGCGCGAUUGCAUUUUAUUUGGACACGUCGGCGCAGAGUCUCUUUCGAAUGCUUGGUAGCAUCAUGGCUGGUUUUGCUGAUAGCUAUCAGUGUGCCAUGCAAGGAAUAUCAGGAUUCGUGAACGCUGUCUUCCGUAGUGUCACCUCUUUCCUCUCCCCGGAGGAGCGUGGUUCUCGAAUUGCCCAAAUCACUCGCUCCGCGGAUGUAUUAUUUUGCAAACGUUUUUGGAGUCUUGCUGAAAACCGCUUCCUCAUUGAGAUGCCCAAACUCCUUCUUCCUCAGAUUAGCGUGUGCCACACCUUCGAUCUUCCCAAUGAACCGGUGAUGCUUGAAACUGAACCAGUUGAUGGCCGUUCCUCUAUGGUGACAAUAAACCCACCUCUUGGCGACAAGGGUAUAUCCGUGCGUCUAAUUAGCAAGGUUCGCCGAAAGGGUAUGACCUGGGCCUUGCGUCAAGGUAAGGAGGUCAAGUCCACCAGGUCAAACUUGCGAAAGUCGCCUUCAAAGUCCUCAUCGCCAACAUCUUGCGGCCCACCUGAAAGUCCCCGUUCUGAAGCGGAACCUUCACCUUACCUUCUUAUCCACAUUCAUGGGGGAGGAUUUAUUGCCCUGUCGUCAGAAACACAUGAUGUUUACAUCCGCCCCUGGGCGGAGAAGCUAGACUGUCCCAUAAUCUCCCUCAAUUACUCCCUAGCGCCCGAAAGUCCAUACCCUCGCGCUUUGGACGAAUGCUUCCAUGCCGUGUGCUGGGUGAUGGCAAACCGAGAGCGUUUGGGUGCCCGACCAGACGCGAGAGUAGUCGUCUGUGGUGAUUCAGCCGGUGGCAACUUGAGUCUCGGGGUGUGUCUACGAGCAGCUGCUCUCGGACUCAAAGCUAAAGCCUGUCGUCCUUCUGGAGCUCUAAUCGCUUAUGCACCAGCGAUGGUUGCUUAUGUUCCUUCUCCCUCACGAAUGCUGUCAAUUUGUGAUCCUCUAUUGCCUAUUGGGGUUAUCUCACGGUCAUACAAUGGCAUAGACGAGUCGACAAUUGAUCGUCAGUUAUCCGAAUCUGCUAAUCUUGGCUCCAGGUCAGACCUCCACCGCCAUGAGUCCAAUCAAGAACAGGAAUCGACGACACGAGGGUCUAUAUCAGACUCAGUCCCUCUGUGGCUACGUCUCUGGUCCUCGUGGUUUCCAUUAUCUCACCCCGCAUACGAUCCGACUGACUCUCCACUUUUGACCCCUUCAAUGGAUCGAUUGCGGGUCGUCUCGCGCCGGUUCACCUCCCCGUGUCUCUAUGAGAUUGAUACCAAUAGCAUUUCAACACCACCACCACAGAAUACCUUGUUUUCUUCUGGCUGUUCCACCUGUUCUCCUUCGGAUGCUUUCAUCACCCCUCUGGAUUUCACGACAGAUGUACCUUCUGAUGAGGAGAAUCUCGAUUCGCCGUUUCUGAAUUCUCAAAGUAAUGGUAAUUGCUACAAAGUGGACGCGAAGCUUAAGUGCAUUCGCAACUUUGCCGUUCCUCAGGAUCCCUUCUUGUCGCCUUACAUCGCUUCCGACGAAUUAUUUCGUCUUCUUCCGCCGUUGGCUAUUGUUGCCUGUCAAUAUGAUCCCUUCCUGGAUGACACACUGGAAAUCGCUAAGCGUGCCGACUCACUAGGAGUUCCAGUGGAAGUUCACGUCGCUUCUAGAAUGCCACAUGCCUUCUUGAACUUUGCCUUCCUCAACUCUGAUUACCGUCGAGCUACUAUGCAGUGUGUCGAUAUGAUUAUUCGUCUCUUCAAAGGCCACACCUGA